AUGGCGCUUCGGGUACCACCCCAAGUCUCUCGCCGUCGCAAUUCCUAUUCUACAACCCAACCCUUUCCUGAACUGGAAAUCCCCUCUCCUGUCUCUCAACUCCCCGAACCCGACUCAACGCAAUGGGUGCUCUUCUCCCCAACCCAGCCCUCCGUCGCCCGCACCCAAACGACUUCCACUGAACGCACCCCUCGGACAGCUGGGGCCUCUCGCUUGAGCGAUUUCGGCUCCUUUGGUACCGCAACUCGUUCCACGCUUGGCCUUGAGGUGGGUGACGACGACGAUGGGGAUCUUGAGGAAGCUCUGGACGAAGAUGGCACCGAGCUAGACAGCUUGGAUGACGGUCUACAUGCCUUUCGCGCCCCAUCUGUGGCUCAGGAGUCCGCCUCGAGACUCAACCAGUCCACUCCAGCGGUGCUACCCGCUCAUGAUGGGCUUGGGAGCUUUCAUGCGUCCAGCCAGGUGGUGCAGGAACAGUUAUGGCAGCAUGAGCAUUUCAAUCCGCGUCGGCGGGCUGACGUGCGGCCGAGGCGUCGUUCGAGUGUGCAGCGUCAGCUGGACGCGGUUGAUGAUCGGGGCCAAGUUGAUGUAGAGCGUGAGCGUUGGCAGCGGAUCGAGAAAUGGAGGAUGGACCAGAGCCGAGCGCUCUUGCAGGAAAUUGAAAGAGAAACACGGCGUCGGCGACGCCGUAACAGCCGCGUGAGUGUGCAGAGCACUCGAGCUGCGGACCCAAUUGUCUCAGAUACGCCCGACGGUAUUCUGGAGACGCCCAGCGAGGUUCCGUCCGUUAACCAACCAGUUUCCGAGGACGACGAUUCGCUGUGGCGCCGCAUCACCCGCACGGUGAUUCGGGAUCUAAUUGGCAUUGAUGAUUCUUUGCUCUCGGUCAUCUUUGGCGAGUCGUUGCCAUGUACAGAUGAGGAUGGAGAGAUGAAAAAAUCUGCAGGAACGGAUAGUGCUUUGAACAUGGAUGAGACGAUCAGGCAGGAGCUGGACUCUGUGCCGGACGAGCAAGGUCUCUGGCAGACCAAGCUACUUCAACGGAUCGCACAUGAAUUGGGCAUCCUGGUUCACCAGCUCUAUGAACAUCCCGGCGCUUUCACAACCUACCUCAACCUGACGAAUGAGAUUCCGAAUGAGUAUGCAGGCAUGCCUCUCGGUCGCCUACCAGAGGAGCAUGACACCGAGUCGCUGGCCGCACCGGUAGAACCUGCUCAUUCGACAGACAUCCAGAGCAGUCAAGAUUCAAUGCUAUCACCGCAGUUUGUCCCCACCCUCCGAGACCCUACUGGCGAGGAACAUGCGGCCCAUUGGGGAAUCGAGGAAGAAGAGCAGGAGCAAACCCGCGAGCCGGCCUCCGACUCUGCCCGUCUCCAGCAGGAGAAGGACUACUGGGAACGCGAAGUCGACGUGAUGAUGGUCUUCCGCUACCUUCGCAAUCGCUUCGGCCGUCGAGGCAGUAACGCGGAUAGCACCCAUGCAUCCCCCCGCCGCCAUCCCCAAGACGCGGCUCGACGCGCGGCAAUCAUCCGCCAGCAUCACCCCCUCGUUGCCCGCGCGCACUCGCGCACCCAAGCCCAGAUCCGACGCCAAUCGCAUCACUCCGCAGGUGUCUCUGCACCCACGGGAAUCUCAUCACCACUGCUCCGCCAACACCUCCGUCACCCCAGCUCCAGCUGCGCAAGCCAAACAAAACUAUCCGCUCUCUCCAGCCGGCGGACACUGACCGGCUCUAGCCGGAAUUACUGGGAUAUCGGCGGAAGUGUCGACAGCGGCAGCGCAAUCGCACCUGUAGCAGCUGGCGUCGGCACCUGGGGCGAAGUGUAG